GUCAUCUUCUUUCUUCUUCUUCUCGUUCUCGACUGUGCGUAGUAUUUUAUUCGGGGUUGGUACACCUACCCCUCCCCUCACCCCACCCCCACACCACCUACUAUUGACGUUCUUCCUUAACCGCUAUUCCAUCAAAAACCCAAACGACCUGUGAAGAACUCAAUGGCGAGCACCACCUCCUUGGAAGAUGUACCUUCAAUGGACAUGAUGACCGAACUUCUUCGCCGAUUCAAGUGUUCAUCUAAGCCUGACAAACGCCUCAUCCUCAUAGGCCCACCUGGAUCGGGCAAAGGUACUCAAUCCCCCAUCAUUAAGGAUGAAUACUGCCUUUGCCACUUGGCAACAGGUGAUAUGUUGAGAGCCGCUGUAGCAGCCAAAACUCCACUCGGGAUUAAAGCUAAAGAAACCAUGGAGAAGGGUGAACUAGUGUCGGAUGACCUAGUGGUUGGGAUAAUUGAUGAAGCAAUGAAGAAGCCAUCAUGCCAAAAAGGGUUCAUUCUUGAUGGUUUUCCUAGAACAGUUGCCCAGGCCGAGAAGCUUGAUGAGAUGCUUCAAAAACAAGGAACUAAGAUCGAUAAGGUGCUUGAUUUUGCAAUUGAUGACUCCAUUUUAGAAGAAAGAAUUACUGGCCGUUGGAUUCACGCUUCAAGUGGUAGGACCUACCACACAAAAUUUGCACCUCCUAAGGUUCACGGAAUCGAUGAUGUUACUGGAGAGCCAUUAAUGCAAAGAAAAGAUGAUACUGCCGAAGUUCUCAAGUCAAGGCUGCAGGCUUUUCAUAAGCAAACUAAACCAGUUAUAGACUACUACAGUAAGAAGGGUGUGGUUGCAAUGCUUCCAGCAGAGAAACCCCCAAAGGAGGUAACUGUUGAGGUUCAGAAAGUUUUAUCUUCUUAA